AUGAACGAAAACCUCAACUACUCCGCUGCAAAUGGCAUAUGGCAUGGCGAGCUGCUGGACAGCCCUAUCUGUCAUAACUGCCUCCAACUUCAUGACCAUCAUGCAUGUCCUACUCCUCUUUCCAAACCCCUUUUGGUAGACUCGGCAGACGCUUUGUCCCUCCCCCCUCGAUCCAUCAAAUCUCGUAUCACGGGAGCCCUUUCUCUCCACGAUUACCACAAGUUCCUCUCCAAGUCUGCAGACCGCAUUAGCGACCCUGUCGAUCAUGCAGGAGGGAAAUUGAAGCGAAAAACAGCUGCAUUGCAUUUGAACCGCCCAUCCCCUCUCACCAUCUCUUAUCCUGUAUCUAUCUCCUCUGUCGCCUCGAGUCCUCCGCCGCUGUCUCCUUCCUACUCGCACAGCAUCAUCUCUCACUGGAGUGAAGAGCCUGAGAUCGGGGAAGCCCAGACGGUUCAUUACCAAGCCACCCAAAGCCCACGACUACCCGUUGUCUCGGAUCUCGGGACUCGUGCUAGACCUAACAGGAAACGAGUGUCCAAGAAUACUUUCCGUGAAAGGCUUCAACAAAGGGCCCAAGCUCAAGCAGAAGAAGCCGAGCGUGCCUCCAAACCUGAAACCUCAGACUCAAUGCUGGCCAGUACGCAGGCCGUUGCCACCGUCUCACACGGUGGCGCCUGCUUUGAGAUCUUGAAUCCGCGCAAGUCGCUGGAUCUAGCACGCAUCGUCUCAUACAUUGAAGACGUUGAUAAUUGCUCCAUGGUGUCUAUGGACAAUCAGCGUGACUCUACUUUCUCCAUCGAGCAAGGACUGGACCGGGUGUCCUUGUCCCAAUUCACCGAUGCCUCAUUGCCAUCAUUUUACUCCACCAACUCGUUGUACACAUCCCUCCCAGCCGAUCCCCAAACGCCCGAGGGUCAGCCGACGGACAUCCCGUCAUCCUCGCCACGAAUCCGCGAACGAUCUCUAUCAGACUAUUCUGUCAAUGAACAAAGUUUUAAUUACUGGACCAGACCUGCACAGCGCACUGAAUACAACGAUUUACGCAUCGACACCUAUGACCGCCCAAGCAGCGAUAGAGAGGCCCAAUCACCACGCAUGGCUUCCAUCACAGAAGAAUCCAACCUUCCAAACCUAGACUUCUCCCGCCGACCUUCCACCCCAUCGACACAAACCUUCUACUCAGAAAGUGAGAUCGGCGAGCCGGGCUCACCGGUCUAUGCAAACGGCGACUGGGCCCAAGUCGACGAGCGCGACAGGGGCAUCUUAUUCGAUCUUCAAGAAGACGAAACCACACCCGGCCACCAACAUGAACACAACGACUACUCCUUUACCCAAGAACACGAAGAACUACCAACACCCCGCGAAACCCCCCUGGAGACACCAAGUUGUUCACCCAUGCACUCACCCAUGAUGUCAACCUUCGACUCCGCCUACCCCUACCCAAGCUCCAUCUCCGCCUCCAAACUCCCACACUACCCCACCCCCUUCGAUCCAUAUACCUACGACCCGGUGUACUUCGACCCGCACGUCCAGUCCGUCCUCGCAGCCGCGAACGCAGAGACGAUGGGGCUACGGGGUAGUCCUGCACGCGCACUGGAUGAGCUGCAGAGACAAGGGGCGCGGGCUGGCGAGACCAGUCCGCGCUUCGAGUUCCAGAGGAGGAAGAGUGAUGAGAGGAAGAUGGGAGCGCAGAAGAAGGGGUUGAGGAAGUUCUUUAAUUGGAAGUCUGGGAAUUAG